AUGUCCGACCACAUAACGGAGCCAAGUCGACUCGUCGUACUGGACGAUACGCACCCCCGCAUACGAUACUCGGGCGCUGGGUGGAAUCUCACCAAUGGAGACCUUCGAAACACGACUGGAACCUUUAGCAAGGCAUUUCAGAAGACAUUGCACGUCACAAACACUCAGUCGACUCUUUCAUUGACAUUUGCGGGGAACUUUGCGGAGAUAUAUGGUACUGCAGACUUCAUACUCGACCCAACUGGCAGCCAACGCGGCCUCGAAUGGAGGUGCAUUCUCGACGGCUCCGAAUCCACAAAAGCAAAGCAGGCUCAGCCGAAGGUUCCAACCAACGACUUCUGUUGCUGCAGAUACGAAAACCUCGACAACGAUGAACACACCAUUCAGCUGGAAGUAUUGGACACUCGAGGCGCGACAUUCGGAUUCGACAAAAUCGUCUACCGCCCAAUAGAACUCGUGGAGAAAGAAACCAUCUUAGUCCUACGCGACGACGCCGAUAUCGAGAGAGCGGGAGCUUGGACAACGAUAGGGUCCCCGCUGGCAGGUUCGGAAGGGUACAGCACCAGCCAACCUGGGUCCAACUUUACCUUUUCUUUCGUCGGCACUGGAGUAAGCAUGGUGUCGACUCUCCCCGCCGCGGACUUCCCAGCUACAGGCACAUACAGAGUUGACGACGGAAAGUCCAGCGAAUUCACCAUCCCUAUCCACAUAUCCGACCUGAACACGGGCCAAAGUGAAGUAUUCCGAACCCCAAAGCUCAAGCGCGGUCCACACAAGAUUACCGUCUCCUACCAGACAACGCCAGAACAAGGACGAAGAAUGGCACCACUCUCCUUCUCUUACUUGCUGAUACACGAUGGAAGCAACGAGCGAGUGGACCGUGAUAAACUUGGAGAUACCGGGCGAGGCGUUUCGAAGGGCGUUGUUAUCGGGUCUGUGUUGGGUGGAUUUGCUUUGCUGCUUGCUGUUUUUGCAGCGUUUUACUUUCGCAAGAAGGCCCAGGUCCGAUCCGAUCCUGAGAAGCGUGCAGAGCCCACGACUCGCCCUUAUGACAUCUAUGCGUAUGGAAACAACGAAGACGACGGGUCAGCUGGGAACACCUACUACCUCAAAUCCGAUCGUUCACGUUCGAACUCACCACAAAAUCACUCGCCCCGAAUGGACCAUCUAGCGUCAAAUGUUGUCCUCGCCAAGAAUCGAUCCGCCACAUCACAAACCUCAACGUUGAUAGACACUGGCAGAAACCGUCAGCCAGACGUCGACACUUCUCCUCGUCCAACAGUUAUCGACCACCAAGACAGUGGGAUCACACUUCCACAACCCGAGGUCAUAGAAAAUCCACCCAGCUACGAUACGCUGUGGCCUAGCCGGCGAUCGCCUGCGACACUUGCGCCCACUCCAAACCCUACCGUCUCUCACAAGAACCAUGGCUAA